GCUUUUUUUCCACCAUCUUUUCCAGUCUGUUUGGAACUCGAGAGAUGAGGAUUCUCAUCCUGGGGCUGGAUGGAGCAGGAAAAACAACCAUUCUGUACAGACUGCAAGUUGGGGAAGUUGUCACUACCAUUCCGACAAUUGGCUUCAAUGUUGAGACAGUGACAUACAAGAAUCUGAAAUUUCAAGUUUGGGACUUGGGAGGACAGACAAGUAUAAGGCCCUAUUGGCGGUGUUACUAUUCAAAUACAGAUGCAGUGAUCUAUGUGGUAGACAGCUGUGAUCGAGACAGAAUUGGCAUUUCCAAAUCAGAACUUGUUGCAAUGUUGGAGGAAGAAGAGCUGAAGAAAGCCAUUCUGGUGGUGUUUGCUAACAAGCAGGACAUGGAGCAGGCCAUGACUCCCACGGAAAUGGCCAACGCGCUGGGCUUGCCGGCGCUGAAGGACCGCAAGUGGCAGAUAUUCAAAACCUCGGCGACGAAAGGCACCGGCCUCGACGAGGCCAUGGAGUGGUUGGUGGAAACCCUGAAGAGCAGGCAGUAACACAACGGUGAUGAGGGCAGUGGAGCUUUGACUAUACCCAGCACCCUUCUUUCUGCAGUCAAGUAUUUUCAGGCCAGAAAUACUUGUAAAUAGAACAGAUUGAAAAUGACUCCUGUGAAGCAUAUGUCUGUCUUCAGUUGUAAAAUGGAACCAAGUGAAUGUCUGUGUACAUUAAGAUACUCCAUUUCUUUCUUUGUGUUUUUAAGUAUGUUCUUGUGUUAAUUUGUAU